CACACACAUACACACACACACACUCACACCUGUACAUCAAUCUCUAGAACCUGUAAUUACCUACCUGCCUACCUAUCUACCUUGUGAUUGAUACCUGCCUCUACCUGUCUGGAUAUACCUGUAAUAGUGUCUACCUCACGUGUGUUAAGGCAAAAUGUGGGGAAGAAGCAAACUCGUCAAGAAGUCUCCAACGCCUCCGUACCACAUGCUUCGGCCCUUCACGUGGUCCGUCAUGCUGUCCCUGGUGGCCGAGUUUUGGGUGUCGGGGGCGCCCUUGGUAGUGUUUCGGGUGGCCCCGCUCCUUUGUCUAGUCUGGGUUGUCCUGCGGAGAGAGAUUAUGAGGCUGGAGACGGUUCUGAUCCUCCUGGCUUUGUUUUUUUCCAUGAUUGGGAGCUGUUAUUUGGUGUGGCUGGAGGAGCACUUGCUGGAGGGCAUGAUAGCGCGUUCUGUGGCUCAGGUCAUCUACAUCGUCUCCUUCGGCUUCGGGAGGGUCAGCUGGACGAUUGGGUUGGCGGUGUAUGGCUUCAACCUGCCAUGUCUCUAUGUGAUCCUAGACUUCGUCCAUUUCUUGCCGCCCGAGAAGGUGGCUUUCACUCUUAACUCGUUUGCUCUGAUGAUGACGGCUUGGAGGGCUCUAGACAG